UCACUAUUGUACCCAAUACAUCAAAAACUUUUUCUUGAUUUCGUUAAAUCUAGUUGUCUAGCCAUCGACUGAUGCCUGUAUGUGACUGCGUUUGUUAUUCUGUUGAGCCUGCAAAAUAAUUUAGUUUCCGCAAGCGCCAUCAACAUCUGCGGCGUCCCAGGAUCCUGCUACCAAAUUCAAGCGCACCGUCGGGUUUGCCGGAUUCCCCGAAGAUGGUCUCACCUCGUAUUCGUGUGAUCGAUUCGACUGCGAAAACCCCGGACCGGAAAUCAAGUAGCAAACGUGCUGCUCUGCAUUCCCCUCGCGUCCUCCCGAAAAACGUCACACGAAGAGCCCGUGUAGCAACUUUAAUGCACGACCAACCGAGCAGUGGUACGACGGUGGCGCCCAUCACAACCCGUGCCAUGAAGGCUGCACCGCAGAUCCCGGCUGGCCACACUGGCUCUUUAAGACUCCUCGCCGGCUCGUCGUCCAACGCUACCUCUGCUUCGGUUGUGCAAAAAGGGAGGGCGCAGGCGGCUCAACGAACGCGAAAGCCUUCCUGCCAGUUCCAAACAGCACCGUUAGUCUCCAUCAUCCCCCUGGCACCAGCCAUGUACAAGAGCGCUGUCGCGCAGCAGCCUCAGGCAAGCACCAGCGCUUUGCAAGCUUUUUCCCCCAUUAAACGCGCACCAGCAGCGAAGAAGACGGUGCGUACGCGAGUCAUGCCGUCGCCAUCACCUCCGCCGCGGAAACGUCAGACGGCGCCAUGCCGCUUCAAAGCGCCGGAGCACCGGGUCAGCCCGCCGUCGACUGCCUCGCACGCCGUCUCCGCGCCGUCCACAGCCACGAAAUCCUCCCAGACCAUGGACGCCGCUUCAUCGGAGAAGGUUGGCCCGAAGAAGCGCCACAACGGACGGAAGCGCGCACCGCUGCAGCCACGGCAGCGCCGUCCAACUGGAAUCCGCACCGCCGGCGUCCAGAAGAAGAAGAAGAAGGAGCCCGCCACCAAACAGUUGGCCAAAUGGACCAAAUCUUUGCAGAGCACGGACGACGCUGCUCCACAACGGACUGUCACCCGCCAGACGCGCCACAGCGGACGAAAACGGGCGUCCCUGCAGCCACGCGAGCGCCGUCCAACGGGAAUCCGCGCUGCCGCCGUCCAGAAGAAGAAGAAGGAGGAGGCCGCCACCAAACAGUUGGAAAAAUGGACUAACGGCCGCUAAGAACCAGCGGAAAACCAAGAAGGGUGGACGGUUCUACUUUUGUCCUUACUGCCGGGACUGGGAUACGCAGUUUUGGCAGAAAGAUUACGCGGAGACGCACAUGCUGGGU